AGAGACGAUCUCGGUCUAGGACCUGGAUCAGAUGUUUCCCCGGUUCGGCAGUGAUUUGAUUCGGUGUUUCCAGCAGCAUCGGUUCGGACCUUUAACCCGUGUUCCUUCAGCUGACUUGGUCCCGGUGUAUGGCUGCUUCUCCUGCUCCACCCGACGGUUAUCAAGAACCAGGGCGAUGUCCCGGAAGCAGAAGGAGGUGAAAGGACAGGUGAAGGCGGCUGGAGGUGGAACGGCAGAGACACCGGCUGCUGGUCCGGUAACCCGUGACAAGAGUGGAACUGUAGCUAUCACAGUGCAUGCGAAGCCAGGCUCCAAACACAGCAGCAUCACAGAUGUUUCUGCUCAGGCUGUAGGUGUUUCCAUUGCAGCACCACCUACAGAUGGAGAAGCAAACGCUGAGCUUGUCCGCUACCUUGCAGAAGUCCUGGAGUUGAAGAAAAGCCAAAUAUCACUGAACAAGGGCUCUAGAUCCAGAGACAAAGUCAUCAGAGUGGACUCCUCUUUGGAUCCACAGGAGGUGCUGAGGAGGCUCCAACAGGCUGCUGGCUGAUUGGCGAAGAGCACAGGGAAGCGAACUGCAAGACUGGAUGGAACAAAGGUCUCAGAUAACUUCUCCUCCAUCAGCUGGACCGGUAUUGGAUGUGUUUGAGCAGAACCUCUCCCACAUUGAGAUUUGCCUCAUCUUUUCCUUCUUUCAUUUUAUAAUUAGCAUAUACAUCAAAGGUUGGAGGAAUGGACCCGAACAUAGAAACAGGAAGUGAGGAGACCAGAGGCCCGUUUCCCAAAGCAUCCAAAGUAUCUUCAGGUUAAAUAAACCCUGUCAGAUCUCAGCGGGUGGUGUCAUGAUGCUGGUUAUACACAGAAAAAUCUUUGUUUUCAAGGAUAACUAUUAACCUCAGAUGAUCCAUAACAGCCUUAAAUCUGGAUUGGCAUCCUUAAAUAAAGACCAGUUCUUGAAUUUAACUCAGAACCAAGUUCCUGGUUUUUAUAGGAGGCCUUUUUUUGUUGUAAGAUAUAUUUUUUUACUCACUUGGAUGCCUCGAAACAAAAUCCUGAAGAUGCACAAGAUCACUUGUUUUUAUGUUUCUAAAUAAAAAUGUGUCUGAUUUAAUGUGGAUUAUAAAUAAAUAAAGUGUCACAUUUGCCUUGA